AUGCCAUGCGUGGAGCUGUUUUCGUCGGACAGACAUCCGAUCAUCAAGGUGCUGGAUGAAGCCUUGUACUGGUCUGGGCUGGAGGACGGACGUCUCCUUCUCGAUUCCGAGGAGCUGGACGAGGAGACACGUGCUUACGAUCAAAGAGAUCUGCGCUUCAAAGGCUUGGACGGUGCAGACGUUUUCCUGGUCUCGUUGCCGUGGGCCGAGAACCCCGUGAAGAGGAGGCACAGGUUGCAGCGACUCCUGACGCUGCGGCAGGAGCAGUGGGGAGGAAGAAACUGGCGAGUCAUGCCUACCCUACUCAAGCUUGGGAUUGUCACUGCAGAGUUGCAAGAUUUCGAGACGAUGACGGAGUCUUUCGAUCGCUUCCUGGAGAUAGCCCGUCCUGCACGUAGUUCUGAUCGUGUCAGUCUUGCACACGCGCUUUCCGGGAAGAUGGUUUCGCUGCUAGAGAAGUGCUUGUCACUACAAGGGUCGCUGGCUACCCUCGAACCGACGGACUCGACACCCGUGCGCCGCGUGUGCCAGCGAGAUCUACCAGGUUUUUUGCUAACACUCGCGGUCUGCCAUCGACUGCUCGGGGACGAGGACACGCAGGUUAUGCUGGAGCGCUUCGUCCAAAUCCAGGAGCAGUGCGGUGGGUGGAGAGACGUUGCGAAUGGCAUCAAAAUCUUGGCCACGAGAUUUAACCAACAGACGCUCCUGGAAAGUAGUGAACAAAUCAGCCUCCUGAAGCGAGGUGUGGAACUCCUUGAGCACCAAUACGGCUGGGAGAAUCACCUCACAGCCUUGGCUGCGGAAAUACUGUACGGAACCUGUCGUCAGCCAGGAGCGGAGCAGCGCAGCUCUGAAGCCUCGAAGAAAGUAGUCGUGUCCAUCGGGGCCGGUGACAUGGUCCAUAUCCAAAACGGGAUCCUGAUGAAGUCCAAAAGGCUCUCACAAGCCCACUUCGAAAUCGUGGACGCAAAGACUUCUCCCAAGCUGCCGGCAGGCGUGACGCCAUUGAGCCCCGUCUUGAGGCUGUUGCCACACGGGCGCUUCCAGAACCCCGUGUUGCUGUUACUACCCAUCAGUACAGGCGAGAUCGGGGUCGAGGCUGUCAAAGCGUGGCGCUCGAAGCCCCAUGGGGAAUGGGAGCUCCUUACGCCUGAGGUGAUCGAAGAGUACGAGCGGGUCCGGCGGGUCCCCGCACCAGAGCAAGUAGAGUCAGCAGAUCAGUCUUCAUCGGACGAUGCACCGGACGAUGGCAAGACAUACCUUCUCGGAUUUCGGCUAGAACACUUCUCCUGGAUGGUUGCUGGUGUCGUGCACGAUGAGACGAGUGCGUCGCCGCCGCCUCCUCCGUGGCCACCAGCAGAAGAUGUCUGGUCUCUGGAUGUGCCUCCAGAAGGCCUCCACAUCGAGGUUUACAGCACGGAGGAGAACACCUUCAUCGCCGGAGGUCCGGUCCGCCCACAAGACUUUCCUCGCGGUAGCGUUUCAGAUGUGGCACUUCAAGAGGUGGCUGAAGCAAUUGCUGGUGUGGAGAGAUACACCCCGCUGCUUGUCCAGGUGCUUCCAUAUUUGCCUCCUCCUCCUCCACCUCUGCCUGAAACCGAAGACUACCAGCCCCCGCCUCCGCCACUUCUGGCACCUCUGCCACCUCCAUCUGAAGAUGAGCCAGCGCCGGCACAGCCUCAGCCGCCGCCUCCUCUGGCAGCUCCUGUUGCGGAGUUCCCAGAGGACGAGAGGACCCAUCUCAUGGUCUCCGGGCGUUUCAACGACGACAACAUGGUGGCCUACAUCAGAAGCGUUCGGGACAUCUUGACUCAGAAGGGAGUCCCCAUCUUCAUGGUUGAGACCCAGGGAGCCGGGGAUGCCUUUGGCACCCAAACUCUGGAAGGCCUCUACAUGGCCAAGGCGUUGCUCGCCUUCUGCGGCACGGACUACGGGCAGCGCACAGGAGCCCGGUAUGAAACAUACGUGGAACUUCGCUAUGCCCAUGACAACAACCUCGACAUCAUCCCCAUCCAGCUCUGCGACACUUUCCCUCCUCGCCCACCAGAUUUCGAAGGUCGAUGUCAGAACCACGUAGUUUUGCGAAGGGAUAUGAUGCGCAUCGUGGACAAGGAUAUGAGCGAUGCGGAACGCGUCGCUGACGAGAUCCUCAACGCCUGGACCCGUCGGCUUCAAGACCUCCGACUAUAUGCAAUGCCUUAUUGA